AGUCGGCAUCAUCUCAUAAACUCAUGGCUUCUAAUCCCGCAGCUCUGGCUCUCGACGGGGGCGACCCUCGCAAGAGUUCGGGGGAUGCACAGACGAUCGCACCGGCUGCUCCUCGCCUCUUGCACGACCCAAAUGUGAUGCUCGAGGAGUACCUGUACUACGCAAAGAUCCAACGAGAGCAAGAGGCGCAGGGUCUCGGUCCCGAGGAGAGAGAGGCGCUCUACCGGAGCCUUGCUGCUGGAAAUUCCCCUGAAGCAUCUGACGAAAAGAAAGAAGUAAAUGAGAAGGCCCCCGUACCAACUACGACCUACUCUGGCCCUGCUCCAGCGGAAUGGGAAACUGCUUCUCGAGCAGCAAGGAAUGCAAAAUGGAGUGCAGUGGUAUAUCUCAUUACCACUGAUAUUCUUGGACCUUCCAACGCUCCCUGGGCCAUCUCACAAUUUGGCUAUGUCGGAGGUGUCAUAACUUACACCUUUAUGGGUCUCAUGGCUUUCUUUGCUGGGUGGCAGAUCUGGAGAAUGUUCCUGAAGCUCGACUCCGAUAGAUACCCAAUGAGGACGUUUGGCGAUUUAGGGUUCAGAAUCUACGGCACUUGGACACGUCAUGGCAUGAAUAUUCUCCAGAGUAUUCAGCUUCUCUUCAACGUCGGUGUUAUCAUUAUCGGUAACGGCCAAGCCCUGUCCCAGAUUUCCAAGUAUAAGCUGUGUUACGCCGUCUGUAUCCUUAUCUUCCCACUUGCUGGAAUGAUAGCGGGUCAGAUCCGUACUCUGCAGAAAUUCGGUUACCUUGCGAACUUCGCAAUCUGGCUGAACGUUCUCGUCAUUAUCUUUACAAUGGCCGUUGCCUGUCACAGCCUUCCCAACUACUCUGCAGCAUUCGGUGUAUAUGGCACUCCCAAAGGCCCAGUUGAACACACGGUGUGGAUUCCUUCCGGCUCUACCUUUGACAGUCAGCUUCAAGCUGCAAUGCAGAUUGUCUAUGCGUACGGUGGUGCGAUGUUGUACUGUGAGUUCAUGGCCGAGAUGAAACGCCCGAUGGAUUUUAUCAAGGCGCAAUUUAUUGCUGAGAUGUUCAUCUACCUCUGCUACUUGAUCUUCGGACUGGUCCUUUACUCGCAACAGGGUCAAUUCACCUUCAACCCAGCAAACCAAGGACUUUCCCCCUACAGCUGGCAAACUGCGACCAACGCCAUCAAUAUUGUCUCAGGUCUCAUUGCUGCUGUGCUUUAUGGUAACAUCGGUAUCAAGGUCGUUUACCAGAACAUCGUCCAGGACAUCCUCGGCGGCCCAGAACUCCACUCCAAGAAGGGAAAAAUCAUCUGGGUUGCGAUGGUACCACUUUACUGGUUCACCGCCUACAUCCUAGCAUCUGCCGUUCCCAACUUCAACGGUAUCUCAUCCAUGGUCUCCGCCGUCUGCAUCAUGCAGUUCACGUACACCUUCCCCACGAUUCUAUACUUCGGGCUACAGCUCCAAACCCACGCCAUCACCCCGGAGGAGACAUUCGACCCGGCGACCGGCGUCGUGCAUCGCAUCGAUUCAUGGAAGGACUUUAGCCGCUGGAAGCGCGGCUUCAAGCGCAUGUGGUGGAUGAAGAUCUUCUGCCUGGCUUUCUUCUUCGCAUCCUGCGCCACCGCGGUCCUGGGUAUGUAUGCUAGUGUUAAGAGUAUCAAGGCUGCUUUCGACAGUGGACAUGCGACCGCUUUCAGCUGCCACUCGCCUCUCGAUGGGUAG